AUGGCUAUUCUUGUCACGGAUAUUAUGGCUGAGACUGUGGCACGUGCGUUUGUGUCACAAUGGGUGUCACGCUUUGGUGUGCCUUCGACUAUCACCACCGAUCAAGGACGACAAUUCCAGUGUACCCUCUUCUCUACCUUGACUAGGCUUCUGGGUAUAAGGCACAUUAGAACGACACCCUAUCAUCCUGUAAGCAAUGGAAUAGUGGAAGGGUUUCAUCGUUCCUUAAAGCAGUCUAUAAUGUGCCAUGGUACGCAAAGAUGGAAUGAAUCUCUUCCAUUGGUGCUCCUCGGAUUGCGUUCUUCAUUCAAGAAGGAUUUAAAGUGUACAUCUGCAGAGCUAGUCUAUGGCAUGACACCACGCCUGCCAGCUAAAUUCUUAUCUCCAUCAAGUACCAUCGAUCCUCAUCCGUCGGACUUCCUUGACCACCUUAGAGACACUAUGCAGUCCUUAGCCCCAACACCGGCAUCAACUCACAACAAGCCAGACUCAUUUGUGCACCCGUCCCUGAAAAGCUGUACACACGUCUUCAUUCGUCAUGGUGGUGUAAAGAAAUAA